AUGCAUUUCUACCCCAAAGCGCGACAUCAACCACACCCCAGCAUCCAUGACCCUGCUGUCCGCCGGCGUCGAUGGGGAUUGCUCAAAGCAGCAGGUCUCAACUUCAUAGUACUACAGCUCCUCUUUCUCGGUCUCUUCUGUUACUUGUUCGGCUCCCUUUUCCAGCAGACCACGCAUAUUCAUAACCUACACGUCGUCUAUGUCGAUUACGAUGGAGGAGCUGUGGGAAGCGCGAUUCGCACCGCGUAUGAGCAGCUAAAGGGCCCCGGGUUCCCCACGUUGAGCGAACAGUCGGUGUCGGCAUAUCCUCAGCCGAGCACCGUGAGAUCUGCCGUCUGUAAUAUUGACUAUUGGGGCGGGUUAUACACGUCGGCGGAUGCCUCGAUUCGCUUGGCUGCCGCAUUCGGAGGAGGUUCUGCGGCAGCCUCGUAUAACAACAGUGACGUUCUCACUCUAGUCUGGAAUGAAGCGCGUUACUCCACCGUGGUGGAUUCCGCCAUUUCGACCAAUAUGCAAACACUGUCGGAAGCUGCGCGAGUCGCCUACUUCAAAAUAAAUGGCAUGCAGGCGCUUGGGGAUCUGAAUAGCACCGAUCCCGCUGCCAUCGCGGCGCUUACCAACCCCUGGACGUUGGCCUCAAUUAACAUCCAGCCCACCACUCAAGGCUCCCGAUUGGUCUACAAUACCUUGGUUAUUAUUUUGAUUCUGAUUCAGGAAUUCUUCUACUUGGGUUACAUCAAUGGCCUAUAUCAGCAAUUUCAGCUCUAUGUCUCCAUCGCAGCGCCUCGGAUUGCCACCGUCCGCCAGCUCAUAUCGGGGCUAUACACGCUGUCUGGAUCACUAUGUACGACUGGCGCCAUCUGGGCGUUUCGUCAUGGGUGGCAUGUCAACGGUGGACAGUUCGCCUUGACCUGGAUGGCCUUGUGGCUGUUUGCCCACUCCAACUUUCUCGUCCUCGAUGUCUUCACGGUCUGGCUCCCACCACCAGCCGUGCCGAUGGCGCUUAUCUCGUGGGUAGUCUUAAAUGUCACAUCGAUACUCCUCCCAUUUGAACUGGCCCCAGGAUUCUAUCAGUGGGGGUAUGCGUUACCAGCACACAGCAUCUUCCAGGUGCUGGUGGAUAUCUGGUCCGAUGGCUGCAACCCGCAACUCGAUUACGCGUUGCCAGUUCUAUUCGCGUAUGAAGUGAUCGGACUAACAUUAAGCUCUAUCGGUGUAUACCGGCGGGCGCACUAUGCCGUCAUUGCGAAGGAGACAGAAGAGAAGACGUGGAAGGAACGCGUUGCCGCGGCGCUAUCAGAACAACAACAGCAACAGAUGCUGGAGGAAUCUCCGUCGCCCUCGACACCAGACUCGACGCUUACGGAGAGUCAACAGCAGCAAGAUCGCGCUCGACGGCGUAGUACUGCUGCAGGUAUUGCCGAUCAAGAAGCACUGACGGGACAGCUUUGGCGAGAGAUGUCCAGGGUCGACAAGGCCCAAACUAGCCGACAAAGUACCGGUCCUUGUUUCGACUUACCUUUUACUGACUAG